AACGUGGCGGUGAACCUUAAAUCCAUUUGCAUACAGCUCGUAGAUCUCUUUAUCUUUCUUUUUUUUUUUUUUUCAUAAUGUAUCAAAUGCGGAAUUUUAAAAUCAAAUGACCUGGACCUUUCUUUUUCAUGCUAUAAAUAUAUAAACACCUAAUUUCUUUUUUAAUUUCUUCUUUUAUUCCUCCUCCCCCCAACUCCCCCACCCUUCUUUUCUCUCUCUUAUGACUCAACGCAAGAAAAAGACGAUUGAAUAUCACUUUGUUGAUAUGAAUGACCCUGAUCGCUAUAAAAAGCUUAAAGUAGGACGAGCCUGUGAUUUCUGUAGACGACGUAAAUCCAAGUGUGACAUUGGUGUGCCAGGUUCAGGUACAUGCUCCAAUUGUAAAAAGUCCAACCAAACAUGCAUCUUUUCGGCCGUACAACAACCACAGGUCCAACAACAACAACAACAACAACAACAAGCCACAAAUACAUUUACAAAUGGCUACCGAGAUAAAUUCCCAUUCCUUUCGAUGGACUCAAAAGCACAUUGUAGUUAUGAAAGAGACAACAUUUAUGCGCAUACUACCUUGACUAAUUAUGGAGAAGAGCCAGUUUAUUCUAAACAGUCCGAACACGAAUUAUUUGACGUUUACUUUGGUCAUUUUCACCCUUUCUUUCCUCUUUUGGAUAAGCACCAGAUUUUACAGUCCCUUCGCUUUGAUAAUAUGCCUUUAUCACUCUCAUUGGCUAUCAUGGCCAUUGCUUCCUGUCAUUUUACUCAUACUGAUACCAAUGCUGCAUUUUAUUAUACAAAAGCCAUUGAUACACUAGAUCGUUCUCCUUGUCUUUCCAGCGUACAGACCUUAUUCUUGUUGUACAAGUACGGUGAGAUGGUCACACCAGUCGGCACUCCCAUUUCCUCAAUCACCAUUGGUUAUUUAAAAGAAGCUCAAUCAAUUCUAGCUCAACUGCCAACCCAACUCCCCAAUCAAAACAACAGCGAUAGUGCCCGACAGGAUGAAUUCCGCUCACGUGCUCAGUGGCUCAUUUACAUCACUUUAUCAUUUGGCAACAUUUCAGAUCAACGUUGGAGAGAGGCUCUGGAUUACUGCAUUAUACCCACCAAAAAACCUGAAUUAACAGAUAUUGAACACUAUGAUAAAAAUGAGCUCCAUAUCACUUGUAACCUUAUUCAUCUAGCCAAUCUGGCUCUCAUCUUUUCUCCUACUGUUUGCUUUAUGGCCGAUCAAAACACCUUAUUUGCAAGUAACAUGAAUAACUUCUUACCCGAAUUCUUGAAUUAUGCUACACAGUUAGAACGAUGGAAAGCAGCCUUACCUCCUCCCAUUUCACAUAGUUUAUAUACCAAUCAUCUAUACACCUUGCAAGAUGGUACGAAAUCACCUUCCUUUACAACUUAUCUCUGUCUGAUACACGAUAUUCUUUCUUUAUUGGUCACCAUUCAUCAACCAGAUGGACACGCCCAUUUAUCUCGAUUAGCUUUGGCUGUAUGUUACAGAGCACAUUGCCUUACAGUAGGCGACUUGGCUCCAUCCACUUUCUCGCGUGUGGCGUCUAUUCAAGGUAGUCGACUUGUUACAUUUGGUCUUACCUUGGCUUUACAGACACAAUCCUAUUGUGAAGAAAAUAAUCUCUCUUUAGAAGCACACAAAAACUACGAAGUCUGUUGCGAUCUCACCUUUCAAAUCUUUGAUCAGAUCUCUCUUUCACCUCAACUCUACAUGACGAUCAAUGCAUUACGUGCACAAAGAGAGUCAGAAGCUGCUGUAGCUGCCGCUACCUUAUUGACAUCCAAACGAAUAGAGCAAAGAAGCAGUGGCAGAGAAGAGCGACCGAAUUAUAGCACACAAUCAAGUUAUAGUAGUCAUGAAAGUCAUUAUACAUCCACCACUGAUUAUAGUUAUUACACUCCCAUCCCUCAACCAUCACAUACAAGCACUCGAAACACACAAACAACAUCCAUGACGGGAGAUUGGCAAACGUAUAGUCAUUAUACCACAUCAAGCUAUGAUUCUCUAAUAGAAACACAAUAUGAAAUGAUGCAAGAUACAACAAUGCCAACGACACCUACAUUUCAACAUACAGAACCUACUGUGAUCAUUGAUUCAUAUUAUAGUCUUCCUAUAGGUAAUAGCAGAAGGAUGACAGGUCCCGUCGUAGCUUCCUCCUAUUUUUAUCAUCACGAAUCAUUAGAAGUUCUAUAUGAUGCCAAAAGUUGUAGAGCUAAAGACAUGAUUUAAAAAAAAAACUUAGAAAAAAAAAAAAUAGCACAUACCCUUUCUUCUAUGCAACUCAAUCGUUUCUCUCUCUCCCAUUCUCUUUCCUUCUUCACAUACAUACAGUCAUUCACUACUCCCCUUUGUAUAUUAUUUUUUCUUUUUUUCAUCACGCACAUCCAUGAGUAUGCCUUAACUACGAAUAAAACAGAUGAUUAUGACUUCCCU